GACGCCUUGCGAAAGCUACUAACCAAUCGAGCUAAUAUCAACGCACGAGACAUCCGUGGGCAAACACCAUUACACUAUACUUGCCGGCAUAGUGACGCCCAGGUCAUGCAGAGUCUCCUACGAGAAGGCGCAGCGAUCAACAUACAGGACAUAGAUAGAAUAGCACCGAUACAUCACGCAGCAAUACAUGGCCACCGUCCUGCGAUACAAUCGUUGAUUAAGGCAGGGACGGACGUCAACCUCGUGGAUGCCUUAGGAAAUACUCCGCUUUUCUGGGCUACAUACAAGGGGCAUAGUGACCUAGUCAAGGACCUCCGGAAGGAUUCGAACAUAAGACUGCGCGACCACAAUGGCAGGACUCCUUUGCACAUAGCGGCGAUAGCGGAAGUAGAUGGUCCGAGAAGGGAAAAGGUGGUCGCGCUGCUGCUCGACAUAGACGCCGCCAAAGAGGAGAAGGACAAGUUCAACGCCGCCAAGGACAGGUUCGGCCGGCACCGGGAGGUAAUAGCGCUACUACUCAAUAAGGGCGCUGACCUCGAGGCCUAA